AUGUUCACAUUUACUAGAAAUAUUCCACGAUCUUUACUUCAUUAUACACCAAUAACCAAGAGAACCCCUUUGAUAACCACCACCAUAAGAAAUCUAUUCAUUCAAACUUCAGAAACUCCUAAUGAACAAGCAUUAAAGUUUUUACCACUGAUAAAAAUUUUACAAGAUAAUCAAACCAAAGAGUUUUUAAGUGGUCGAGAAGCUGCAUCAUCUCCAUUAGCACUUAAAUUAUUCAGUAUUGAUGGGAUAAGAUCAGUUAUGUUUGGAAGUGAUUUCAUCACUAUUGAAAAGUCAAAUAAUUUUGAUUGGUCACUUUUAAAACCGGAAAUUUUUUCCAUAUUAACAGAAUAUUUAACUAAUGGUACCCCUAUACUAUUAGAAGAUAAUGUUGAUGAGUAUGGGAAUUCAUUAUUAACUAAUGAUAUGGCGAUAAAUGAAGAUGAUGAUGAAGUUGUAUCAAUGAUCAAAGAAUUGAUUUUCACGAGAAUCAGACCAGCAAUUCAAGAUGAUGGUGGUGAUAUUGAAUUUGUCAAUUUUAAUGAGGAAGAUGGUACAGUAUAUUUAAGAUUGAAAGGGGCUUGUCGUAGUUGUGAUUCCAGUUCUGUGACAUUAAAGAAUGGAAUUGAAAGUAUGUUAAAACAUUACAUUGAAGAAGUUAAUCUGGUGGAACCUAUUGAAGAAGAACAACAACAAGAAGAGAUUAAUGUUGAAUCAUCAACUAUUAAACCAAUAAAUAGAGAUGAACCAUCAUCUUCCGUUUCUUCGUCGUCGUCACCACCAUCAUUGUAA